AUGAAAGUUCCAGAUUCUUCUUCACCUGUCGGAGUUCUCGAAGAAUUCUUCAGAACCGAAGAAUUCGAAAGCUCCGAGACGACGACGGCGAAGAACCCUUCCUCCUCCUCCUCCUCUCGUUUCCGGAAAAUCGUUCAGCUCGUGAGAAGCAGAUCGAAAAAAUCGCUGGAGAAUCUGAAGAAUAUUCCGUUUAACAAUAAUGCCAUUAAAAGCUCUCUGAGAAGAUGUAGUAGCUUCAGAGAGAAUCUCAGAUUUGGCAACAGUGAUGCUCAGUUUCUUCUGCUCUCUCCUCGAAGAAUCUUCACUUUCUCUGAGCUCAAGAUCGCUACAAACAAUUUCGCUUUAGAGAAUCUAAUUGGAAAAGGAGGUUACGCAGAAGUUUACAAGGGGAAGUUACAAAAUGGACAAAUGGUAGCAGUAAAACGGCUCAUGCGAGGAACAAGCGAAGAGACCAUUGUAGAUUUCUUAACAGAAAUGGGUAUAAUGGCACAUGUUAAUCAUCCGAACAUAGCCAAGCUUUUAGGCUAUGGAGUCGAAGGAGGAAUGCAUCUAGUUCUUGAGUUAUCCCCUCAUGGAAGCUUAGCUUCUAUGCUUUAUAGCUCAAAGGAGAAGAUGAAAUGGAGCAUUAGGUACAAGGUAGCAUUAGGAGUUGCAGAAGGUUUAGUGUAUCUUCACAGAGGAUGUCACAGGAGAAUCAUACACAGAGAUAUCAAAGCCGCAAACAUUCUUCUCACGCAUGAUUUCUCGCCUCAGAUAUGUGACUUUGGGCUUGCGAAGUGGCUACCUGAACAUUGGACUCACCAUAUUGUUUCCAAAUUUGAGGGCACAUUUGGAUAUCUUGCUCCUGAGUACUUAACUCACGGUAUCGUAGAUGAAAAGACCGAUGUGUUCUCGUUAGGCGUACUGUUACUAGAGCUUGUUACCGGAAGACGAGCUCUCGACUACUCCAAGCAAAGUCUUGUUCUGUGGGCUAAACCAUUGAUGAAGAAGAACAAAAUAAGAGAGCUAAUCGAUCAAUCUCUAGCGGGUGAGUACGAAUGGAGGCAGAUUAAACUUGUGCUUUUAGCUGCUUCGUUAUCAAUCCAAGAGUCAUCAAUAGAGAGGCCUGGGAUGAGUCAGGUGGUUGAGAUCCUGAAAGGCAACUUGAACGAUCUCAAGUGCAUCAUGAAAUGCAGAGCUCCAUUUUAUCGGAAAGCUUUCAGAGAUGAACUCAUCACCGGCAAGAUAGAUUCAGAAAAUAGAUCUUGA